GGGGAGAACUGAGGCAGGAGUGGGGGGGAGGGGAGAGCGGCCUCCCUCUCCUCCUGUCGCCAUGGCAACAGCCGCUGCCAACCAGGAAAUGGCCUCGGAUGUCCCCUUGCUGGGCUCUGCUUCAGGGACGCCUGGACCCGACGCAUGUUCUGGAGGGACCAUCGUCCAGAGAGCAAACAAGCGGAGGACGGGGCUUGAUUUUGAUGACGACGGAGAAGGGAACAGCAAAUUUCUCAGGUGCGAUGAUGACCAGCUCCCGAAUGACAAGGAGCGGUUUGCUAGGUCUGAUGAUGAGCAGAGCUCAGCGGAUAAGGAAAGACUGGCCAGGGAGAACCACAGCGAGAUCGAGCGCCGCCGGAGGAACAAAAUGACGGCCUACAUCACGGAGCUGUCGGACAUGGUGCCCACCUGCAGCGCCCUGGCCCGCAAGCCGGACAAGCUCACCAUCCUGCGCAUGGCCGUCUCGCACAUGAAGUCCCUGCGGGGCACCGGGAACACCUCCACCGACGGCACCUACAAGCCCUCCUUCCUCACCGACCAGGAGCUCAAACACUUGAUUCUGGAGGCGGCCGACGGGUUCCUCUUCAUCGUGUCCUGCGAGACGGGCCGAGUGGUCUACGUCUCCGACUCCGUGACGCCCGUCCUGAACCAGCCCCAGUCCCAGUGGUUCGGCAGCACCCUCUACGACCAGGUGCACCCCGACGACGUGGACAAGCUGCGGGAACAGCUCUCCACGUCGGAGAACGCCCUCACAGGUCGCAUCCUGGACCUGAAGACGGGGACCGUCAAGAAGGAAGGGCAGCAAUCCAUGCGGAUGUGCAUGGGAUCCCGGCGGUCUUUCAUUUGUCGGAUGAGAUGCGGCAACGCCACGGUGGAUCCAGUCUCCAUGAACCGCCUCAGCUUUAUGAGAAACAGGACCCGGAAUGGGUUGGGUGCUGUGAAGGAUGGCGAGCCUCAUUUUGUCGUGGUCCACUGCACAGGCUACAUCAAAGCCUGGCCCCCGGCAGGGGUCUCCCUCCCAGAUGACGACCCAGAUGCUGGACAGGGGAGCAAGUUCUGCCUGGUGGCCAUUGGCAGGCUGCAGGUCACAAGCUCGCCCAGCUGCGUGGACAUGAACACCGUGUGCCAGCCCACCGAGUUCAUAUCGCGGCACAACACCGACUGCCUCUUCACCUUCGUCGACCACCGCUGCGUGGCCACCGUUGGCUACCAGCCGCAGGAACUCUUGGGAAAGGAUAUCGUUGACUUCUGCCACCCAGAAGACCACCAGCUUCUGAGGGACAGCUUCCAGCAGGUGGUGAAGUUAAAAGGCCAAGUUCUGUCCGUCAUGUUCCGUUUCCGGUCCAAGAACCAAGAAUGGCUCUGGAUGAGAACUAGCUCCUUCACCUUCCAGAACCCCUACUCAGAUGAGAUAGAGUACAUCAUCUGUACCAACACCAAUGUGAAGAACGCCAGCCAGGAAUCCCGGCCUGCCUUGGCCAAUCAGAUGCAGCGGCCCCAACUGGGCCCGAACGCCAGCCUGCCUUUGGAGAUGAGUCCUGCCCAGCUGGCGACGAGGCAGCAGGCGACGCAGCCAACAGACGUCGACGUGGUCCCUGUCAGGGAGAGCUUAGCCAGUUACGACCACGCCCAGGCUGCCGUUCAACCGGUGGCCUCCACCGGCCCGGACCAUGGCAAACCUCUGGAGAAAGCAGAGACCCUCUUCAGUCAGGAGCGGGACCCUCGCUUCAGUGAAAUUUACAGCAGCAUCGGCACAGACCAGACGAAAGCCGUCUCUUCUGGCUCUCUGCCCGCCAGCCAGUCCCUCUUCUCCCAGGGAAGCAGUUUCAUAGCUCCGCGUCCCACCGAGAACUUCAGGAGCAGCACAAUGGUGCCCCCCGUGAACGUCAUUCAGCAGCAGCUGCCCACGGCACCGCAUUCAGCCUCGGCGGGGCAGAUCCUGGCCCAGAUCUCUCGCCACUCCAACCCCGAUCAGGUCUCCGGGACCACGUGGGCUUCAGGGACGACACGCACAUCUUUCACAGCCCAGCAAGUGGCUUCCCAGGCUGUUAAGACUCGGCCGCCUUCCUUUGCCAUGGGCACCUUCCAAGGCACCCCAUCCUCCUUCAGCCCCAUGUCGACACAAGGCUCCACAGCUUCGCCAGGUGGCUCUGCUUACCCAAGCCUUGCCAGCCGCAACGCCAGCUUUGCUGCUGGAGAGAGCGGGCAGGCCCCAGCCCCGUUCCAGCCCCGGGCAGCGGAGGGGGUCGCCGUGUGGUCGCAGUGGCAGGGUCAGCACCACGGACAGAGUCCAAGCGAGUCGCACGCCCAGCAGCCGCCGCCAAACCAGUCGGAAGUCUUCCCGGACAUGUUGUCCAUGCUGGGGGAACAGGGAGCCAGCUACAACAACGAAGAGUUUCCCGAGCUGAACAUGUUCCCUCCCUUUUCGGAAUAAGGAUGGGAAAACAAUCUGUGCAGACAGUGCAG